UAACCGGAUGUUUGGUAGCUUGCAUUUAGUGUCACCCGGGUGCCGUAGACUGGUAAAGGACACACAAUGCCUUUUUAAAACCGCUCAAUAUGUCGGCUUCGCUCCACUGAAAACCGAUGGAAGUCCUGCCGGCGGGGGUGUGGUGGUCGUGGCCGAGAUAGGAGGCCCAAUCUCGAUGCAAGGGGAGCGAUGGGGGAGACGGUGCGGUUAGGGAUGCUGGUGGUGCUGGUGCUGAGCUGCACCGCCGUGCUGCGUUCAGCAGGCUGCGGUGAGCGGGUGGAGGUCCACAUGGAGCGCAGGGGUGUUAUCUUUAGCCCCUCCUGGCCUUUAAACUACCCUGUCGGACUCAACUGCAGCUGGACCAUCCAGGCGGGCCACGGAGAGAUCAUCACCAUCAGUUUCCGGGUGUUUGAUGUUGGCGGGCCGGGGAGCUGUGAGUCUGGUGAUUGGCUGCUGAUGACAUCAUCCGGGUGGGGCAGCGGGGGUCAGGACUCGCAGCGCCUGUGCGGGUCAACGCGGCCGCCACCAUUCAUUACCAGCAGGGGGCGCGCUUGGCUCUUCUUCCACUCAAAAGUUAACGGCUCAGGUCAAGCUCAAGGCUUCCACAUGUCCUACAUCAAAGGUCACUUGGGUCAGAGCAGCUGUCAGCCGGACGAGUUCCUGUGCGGUAACGGCAAAUGUGUGCCGCAUUCUUGGAAGUGUAAUGGCCAGGAUGAGUGCGGUGACGCCACUGACGAGCGAGGCUGUUCGCCGCCACUCACUGAGGCCCCACCAGGCCCGUGCCCGCGCGGCACACUCCCCUGCGCUUCAGGGCGGUCCACCCGCUGCCUCGCCGCCGCCUUGCGCUGCGACCACUCUCAGGACUGCCCAGACGGCAGUGACGAGCUUGGUUGCCCCGACACAGCGUGUGGAAAACAUCUGGGUCACUUCUAUGGCUCCUUCGCAUCGCCCGAUUUUUUCAGCUCCACUCCGGAGUCAGUGGCCGAACUGCGGUGCUCGUGGGUGGUGGACACGCGGGACCCCAAACCCAUCCUGCUGCGGUUGGACCUGCGGCUGGGGCCCGGCGAUGCGCUGCAUGUGUAUGACGGCACCCUCCAUAGGGCUGAAAACCUCCUGCAGGUGCUGUCCUACCAUAACAACCGUCGGCCCACCUUGCUGGAGUCUAGUCGCGGACAGAUGAGCGUCCUCUACACGGCAAAACUGCAAAGUCCUGGACACGGGUUCAACGCCACCUACCAGGUGAAAGGCUACUGCUUCCCCGGCGAGCGUCCCUGCGGCAGUGAGCAGGGUUGCUACUCAGAACGUCAGCGCUGUGAUGGCUACUGGCAUUGUCCGUCUGGCCGGGACGAGGCAUCCUGUCCGGCGUGUCCUGACGGUGAGUUCCCGUGUGGUGGCGACGUGGCAGACGCCUGCUACCCACCGUCAGAGCGCUGCAACAACCAGAAGAGGUGCCUGGACGGUUCCGACGAGAACAACUGCUAUGACUGCCAGCCGGGCAACUUCCACUGCGGUGACAACCUGUGCAUUUUCGAGACGUGGCGCUGCGAUGGCCAAGAGGACUGUCCGGACGGCAGCGACGAGCACGACUGCCCCACCGCAGUGCCACGCAAAGUGAUCACGGCGGCGCUGAUCGGCAGCCUAGUGUGCGGCCUGCUGCUGGUGGUGGCACUCGGCUGCGCCCUCAAGCUGCACGCUCUGCGUGGCCACGAGUACAGAGCCUUCGAGACGCAGAUGUCGCGCAUGGAGGCUGAGUUUGUACAGAGGGAGGCGCCACCGUCUUAUGGGCAGCUCAUAGCACAGGGACUAAUUCCGCCUGUGGAGGACUUCCCCGCCUACAAUCCCACACAGGCCUCUGUGUUACAGAACAUCCGCUUGGCCAUGAGCCGACAACUCAGACGACACACAAGCCGGCGCUCUUUAGGUUCCUCAUCAUUGCGGCGCCCCUUCGGGCACUUGUGGCAUCGUCUGUUCCGCCGCGAAGGCCGCCCCAGAGGCCAUGUCCCACUUCUGGACCCACCGGUCAGCACCCACGUCAACCUGGGGCUCCACAGCUACCAAACAGGGGGGGGAAACGUGGAUGUUGAACCUGACCGGGGCAACUCGGAGGGCACUGACCCAGGGUGCACGUCGGAGAGUCCCGCCUCUCCUCUCUCCUUCCAAUCAGGCGACAGCCCAGAGGGCACGGCACUGUCUCCGGAGGUGCCUGGUCCGAGUGACGUGUCAGGGCCGCCCCCUCUUACUGGGCCCCACCCUCGCUCCUCUAGAAAACUGGUUCUGGAUCUGGCGCUAAACCUGAAAGGGGUCUCACUUAGACGCUACUCCCCGCUCGGGUCUCUCUCGCCAGCCAAUUCCCUAGCGACAGCCACCCUGCCCCACCCCCUAGGGAGCGUGCCCCCAUCGUCUUCGUCUUCGGAAGGCGAUGCCGACAGUCGGACGGCAGAGAUGAGAUGUCGGGAGAAGAGGAAGAGGAGGAGGAGGAAGAGGAGGUUUGGCGACGACCCUUUGGGUCAACAAACAACGCCUUGCUGACGGGUGAUGCCCGUUAAUCCACCCGGCAACAAAGUGUCCUUGAGUCCCGUGCCCCCUUAUGUCAAUUCUAGCUGAUUGCAAACACCCAGGAGUUCAAUACAAACUAUUCAAACUAUUUUAACAAGCUAAAUGCUAACAGGUUGUGACUCCAUGGCCGCCUUUGAGUCGCUACUUACAGUAGCGCCAGUGUAUUUAAUGCUCGUUGUUAAGAUAUCAUUGUUUUAUAAUUGGGGAAGCAGACAUUUUUUGUCUUUAGGGAAGUUGAUCAUACUAUUUUUGAUUUUGAACUUUGACUGUACCAUUUUAUAGCACUUUUCCAUUACAAGUUCCAGAAGGGCCUGGCCCCGCUCUGCCCCGGGCUCGCUUGGUCUGAACUGGCCUCCGUUGCUUUUCCAUUACAAAAGGCACCAAUCAGAAGUGGGAGGGAUUUGGGGGGGUGCGGUGAAGAAGGUGCAUUGCGGGGACAGUGAUGUAUUUAUUCCUUUUUCUUUGGCUUUUCAACAAGCGUAGGAAUGAGGAGAGGCAAAGAAAGCAAAUAAUUUUACAAGCAGUGAGGCGGAAUACCGUUGAAAAGUAUCGAAAAUUGUUUGAGGUCGUGAAGCAGUACGCUGCCAAAGAUGAAAUGGGGCUUUGAAGGAGACAACCCAUCCGAGUAAGUUAGUAGUGCCUAAUUCGCUGUAAGAAAAACAUGUUGGGCAAUUUACUUGAAGUAAUGUAAUGGGGUGGAAUUUAAUAUAUUAGUCGGUACAACUGUUAAAAUCUGCGCAAAUAUUUACUUCUUGUAAGUGCCAGAUUGCGGUGACGAUAAAGUAAUUUCCUGCCAAUGUUUCCGUAAAAUUUUCAUUAAUCUUCGUUUAUUCACUAAAAAAGACAAGAAAACACAGCUGUUGUGUUUGUGUAUUUUUAUGUAACAAAUUAAUGUAAUAGUAGCAAGUAAUAAGUAUUGCAUUAUGUACAACUAGUAAUGCGCCUUUCAUCUCGGUGUAUUUCAUCUUCUGCCAAUACGGACAAAAAUGCCCGCACCUCCUCAGUCGACCGCGGAACAAAAGCUGCUUUAGACACCAUAAUUGUGAAAGUGACAAGUUCUCUGUUUCAUUUUUUGGGGGGAUGAAAACUGCGCUCAGAAGUGCAAACAUCCAUUGGCCAAUCGAAUGGGAGUGACGUCACGUUAAAGAAAUGCCUAUAUGUAUUGGCCCAUCAGAUGACAGUGACGUCACGGCCCUCCUCGGCCUGUGUUUUAGAACCAGGUUGGAGGAGGUUUUGAGGAACAGUGCCAUUGUCACCGCCCGGCCUCGAAAAAGUGUAAUGGAAAAGCAACCACCCAGGGCGGAACCAGGCUGGUUGGGGGUAGAACUGGUACAAUGGAAAAGGGGCUUUAGAAUGGUGAAAAAUCAAAAUGGUGUAAAGGGAAAAUUAAUGAUGCUAAAAAUGUGGAGAAAAAAAGGUUAGCGCGCCCUGUUUUUGUAGGUUUUAGCAGGCUACUUCCUGGUUCUACCAUUUACAUUCUGGUGCACGGUGAAGUGUCAUGUUGUGACUCAAAUAUCUAAAAGAGAUUGAUUUGUAAAACCUAGAGCAUCAUAUUUUUGUUUCUACGGUUUGUUUGUUAGCUAGUAGGUCCAACGUCGUGGCUUUGAUGGGACUAUACCAUUUUAAUUUUGCAUGGGGGAGGGCAGUUUCUUUGCGACUCCCCCCAGAGAAAAUACAUUCAAUAAUUUUAGUGUGUCGUAUUUUAGUUUGUACGUUCUUUUGCUAUUAGUAGGUCCUACUUCCUGGUUUAGAUGUGACUUUACCAUUUGCAUUCAGCUGGGGGGGAAUUGUACUAUUUUGAGUGAAUGCAAAAUGGUAGUGUCCCAUUGUUCUAAUCAUUCACGGACCAGAAAGUAGCCUGCCAGCUUGCUACCAAAUAAACAAAGCACACUUUUCACACAGACUUUGUCGGCGUUACAGUCAUGAUGGAACUGUCCCCCCACUCUCAGUUGUCUAAUCAUCCAUGAACCAGAAAGUAAACUGAUCCUACCAACAGUCAUACGAAAUAAAGUAUGCUCACCACAAAAUACACAUACAGGACACUUCCUUGUAAAGAAAAAAAAGGGGGGGGGGAACAACUUAAAAAAUUGUGAGCAGGCUGCUUCCAGGUCACUGUAGUUUUUUCUACUUUUGUUUGUGUAAUUUCUCUUUUUGACAUUUCAGUCGUGAUGGAACAACCACCUCCUUCAAAAGUAUAAACGGUCGAGUCCAAUUCAUGUCAUCGUCCAUUAACCAGCAAUUAGCUUGCUUACUACUUAUUAAGAAUUUUUUUUUACAUGUAAGUGUGCUAUGUAUUUUUGACAAAUAGCCUGUACUGUACAUUUAACUAUCUUAAAUUAUCAUUAGCGUCGGCGGACAUUUUACGCACUGUGCCACCAUUAGAGAUGCCUACUAUGUGCCAUGAGUUCUUAUUUCGUGUCUAUACUUCAAGCUCUUUGCUAGAAAGCCAUUUGAGCAUUUAUUCAAACUCAAAUAUUGAGCUUUAGGUCGAUGUAAAUUCCGUGUGAGUUUUUGACAUACUUGGCAAAUAAAAAGGAUUCCGAUGUACAGUAUUAGUAUACUCUUUGUUCUCACUAAAAUGACAAUUUAACCCACGAGUAAAAGAACGGGCACACGAGUAGAACUGUCUCGCAAGUAACAAUUAUCCACUAUUGCCUUCCGCUACUACAUCACAUUUUUGCACACUACUCGGUCAGCUUUGGCCAAAUUCUCCACAAGUAGACUUCUAUGCACUACUACAAGUGAAGGCCGAGAUGGUAACUCGGAGAAACUAUUCAACGUCAUUAGUCGUACUAGUGGCACUCAGUUGUCAAAUAGUGCACUUUUGCCUCCUAGUAGUACAGUUAACCCCCACAUAUUCACAGUUGGCCAUUCUCAAAUUCACCCAUUCAUGUGUUGUUUUUUUUUUUUUUAAAUAUAUAGGAACAAAGUUAUACUGUUAUUUGCUGAAAAACUCACAUAUUUGCUGUAUUUAUGCUCAGGCCACAGCCAUGUCUAAUAGAAAAAUAUUGCUUUGGCACCAUCUUGUGUCCACUUGGGGUCAACCCACUAUUUUGAAGUGAGGGGAGGAGCUUCAUUUCGUUUAUCUCAUUGUAAAAAAAGUCCUUUGCCACCAUCUUGUGGCAUCUAAUAGCCAAUUAAAAACCUUUUGGGAGGACGUCAAUUACACGCGGAUUUCAGCUAUUCGCGGCAGGGCUCAGUCUCUGUUCCCUGCAAAUAGCAGGGGUUCACUGUUUGCCAAAGUUGUCUGACUAGUGAGGACGAAGGGCAUACUAGUACAUGGACCUUAAAAUGCAUAGCAGGGAUAUCAAAUGGUGAACCACCUUUCCAUGCUUUGCCUUGUCUUUUGAUGUUUACGUUGCUCUUCUAGUAGUUUGGGUAUCCCCGAAAAUGCCUUAAAUGCUUCUUUUCCUGACUGUUGUCACCAUAAAAACGUGUAGGAGAGAUGACAUCUCUCCACUCAGGGGGAUGUUUGUUAUGCUGCAUUCAAUAAAACUGGGAAUUAUGCAACUUUGAAAUGUCACAGUUGACAACUUCAAAGCCCCGAGGCAAACGUCAUUUAAAAAUGUUGUUUUUAAAACUGUAUCUCCGAAAAAAAAACAUUGUCCAUUCGUAAAUGUCGGGACAAAAUGUGUCCUCCAAAGUGGAUGUAAAAUAACUUGUUGCGUGAUUGUACUUCAAAGUUCAAAAGCACUUUCCCCCAUGACUUUUCUGAUUUCCCAGUUUUAUGGAAUGCAGCACAAACUAACAGACUUGGGAUUGUUUAGUAGUGUUAGCAAACAGGUAAAUAAACACACUGUGAUGGUGUUGGAAGAGUAUAAAUAAUACAUGAUAGAUAUAUUUCUAUAUUUGGGCUGAAAGAGUUAAGCUAUGAUCAUUUACUCAUGGGUUUGUUGGAUUGUUGUAAAAAAUACAAUGUUAUUGUUGAUUAGCCUUUUGUUUCUGUGCCUGGGAUAAAUAAAGUGAACAUUUUGAACCUUU